AUGUCAUUGAGUCAAAUGAGACCUCAGACUUCACAGCUGUUGGAACUUCAUGUUUUUUAUGUCCCAGCAGAAGUGUGGAAUUUCAAGCUGAAUACAGUUCCUGUAGCUCUUACUAGCAAAUUCAUCUCAGCUGGAUUUAUAAGGGUGUCUCCUCACAUCACAUUAAGAGUGCUGCGGGAGAGGCUUGGAGAGUACCUGGGUGGAGUGACCGUUGCAGAUAAAUUCAGAUUUUUAAAAUGCAUUGGGAAGAAACUAGCAGUGGUGAAAGCAAAGCAGGAAACAGAACUGGAACUGAAGUCAUUUGCUCCUCCUUAUGCACUUUAUCCUGAAUUAUAUUUAUUACCUGGAGUGGAAUAUUUUGAAGAUGUUUAUCCAUUGCUAUCAUCACCUCAACAAAAACAUCACGUUAGUGAAAAAGCUAAUAGGUUUGGUCAUGGAUCAAGAUUAUCCAGCCUUUCCCAACAGAAACCUGAAAAAGGCAAACCAUUUUUAGAAAGUAUUCGAAGCAGGCAUCAGGUAGAAAAUCUGGAAGUGCCCAGUCCUGUGGAAUGGGGUGAGAAAGAGCCUGUUCCAGUUUCGCACACAAACAAUAAGCAAAACAAUAACAACAGGAUUCCAGAGAAACAGUUCGAAGAAAAAUAUCAAAGUGGAUCUGAUGGAUCUCUCUUCACACCAAGCCAUUCAAAUCCUGCAGACCAGGAGUCUGGAAAGUGUGAGCUGGUGUUACAGACCUCUGAGCAGAAUCAUCUCAGCCAAGAUCAAGAAGACUGCAGUGCUCCUAAGUGUAAUGACAAAGCCAAAGGAACUGCUCUUACUCAUGUAAACCACAGUGAUGAACAAGGCCAGGGUCGCCAAAGACCCCAAAAUCACAUUAAAUAUCAAAAGGAACUAGUAAACAUGGAAAAUAAUGACCACCAAAGAGAUACCAAAUUAAGAAGAGACAGAACACAAGAUGCUGACAUCCUUAAAAUAAUGGAAGACCAAACUACAGAUUAUGUCCACAAAAAGCAAAGCUUGCAGCAAAACAGAGCUAAGAGGACUAGAGUUGGUCUUGGUGAAAAACUGGAUAAUCAGGCAGAUGAAAACAAGCAAAAUCAUCUUACUUGUCCUAAAGAGUGUAUUUCAGCUCCUAGUCCACCUUUUUCAGCACUUACUGUAAAUCCAGCUCAAGUUCCUGUAAUUCAGGCAGCAAAAAACAAGAUGGCAGAACAAUUGCAACAAAUGAAGGAAGACAGAAGGCACAUGGAAAAAACUAGAGAAGAACUGAGAAAAAAAGCUAAAGGGCUACUGGAACAAAAUAAGCUGAGGAGAUACCAUGUUCGUGAGGAAUGGAAGAAGAAGUACUUUGAAACCAAGAAAGCUACAGUUUCACUGGAGGAUACUUUAAACAAACUGGAACAAGAUUUAGAGCUUUACCACCAGAAAUUGCUCUUGCAAUUGGAAGCCAGGGAGAGUCAAAAACGACCAAAAAAACCAACAGCCUCCAAGAAUUACACAAUCAUCCAGAUUGCUACAGUGCAGCACGAACUCCAUCAACUGAGGAGGAAGCUAGAUGAUACAAAAGUGAGACUCCUGAUAGAAAUUAAGAUGAGAAAGCAGGCAGCAUCUGAUUUACGAGCACUGAGAGCGGAACUGACACAGAAGAAGAUUCAUUCAGCUUUAAUUCUCCAGCCCAGAAAAUCAGGAAUUUAA